AUGAACGCAGCAUGUACGGCGGCUACGCCUCCAGUUGUCGCUGGGGUGAGCAGCUCGACUACACCGCCUCUCGGCAACGCUGCUUCGACGCCUGCGCAUUUCAGGCUGGGCAGGACGAGUCGUAGAAGCAGUAGCAGUGGAUCUAGCUCCAGCGGUAACGGCGGCAUCGUUUAUGGCCAAAGCAGUGGCUCAGUACCCACAGCUUCGGUAAGUCAGGCUAAAAGCGCAAAACGCAAGCGCAGACGCCAUAGUACACUUUCGAGCGGCGUAGCAUCCGGAUCGGAAGAGGAGGCCGAGCGUGUACCUCCGAUGCUACGACUGCGCCUGGGGAGCUAUGUCUCAGAUUUCCGACUGGAAAGAGCGAGAAGCCAUUCUCCCAACAGUACGCAGCUAUAUCCAGCAACGCCCUCGUCGCCAUCGAGCGCGCUGCGGCAAAGACACCAACUGCGGAUCCAUACCACUGCAGUGGAGCUCUCAUCAUCGGGGAACGACCACGGGUGCGACCAGGCGACCAUGGCGUCGGUCUCCUUCUCUCCAUCCUCUGCGACGUCAUCCUCGACUCCGGUACGGAGAGAUUCCGACAUCGAAAUGGAUCUUGACGUUCAAUCCACGUUCCAAGCUAUGCAAGUCGAAUCGCCCAACGCAUCACCCUCCCCGACGACUGUGUCCAAAAGCAACCUCACCGCAGUUGUUCCAACUAUCAGAGCAUCGUCAACGCUGCCGAGUGCUACAUUGCAGCGACCAAGUCCGAUACCAGGCAAUCUGCUCUCACCGCUCGUCACAGAUACCAGAUACCCUCGUUCGCGAUCGCCCCUCUCGCCAUCGUAUCCCUAUGUUUCGCUCGUGACGUACACUUCCACAUCUGCUGUCUCACCCGGCGUGUUCCCCUCAGCGAACCUUGUUGCAGCUCGCAGAAACUCAAGGCAGAGCCUCGGC